GGUAGGCUGGACCGUGGAGUAAUGACUCAAGCUUUCAGUCAGUCAGUCCGUCAUUCAGUGUGUUCAAUGGGUUAAUCCACGAUGUGAGGAAAAUAUCUGAUGCUUUAUCACACGAACCAAAUCCGCACCUUUCUUUUUUAUGGACAACAAUAUCCAGCUUUACUGUUGCUCUGACAGCGAUGUUUAUUGAUUGUUGUUGGAUCAGUUGAUGGAUGAGCCUCGUGUGUGUGAGUGUGCAGUCGUUCAUGAGCAGCGUGUGAUUUUUUUACCUGUGAAUCACUUAAAGACGGAAACUAUCGACUGGAUUUCGUCAAAUAUUAUGGAGGUAACUUACCGAUGAUUCAAGGGGGUCUUUAGAGUGGAUCGGAGUUGCAGGAAAAGUCCAACUGUUUUUUUUUUUUUUGCUUUUUACUGGAAGUGAGACGCGUUUGCGGAUAAUUCUCUGGAAAAACAGAAACGCACUGUCCACUGCCGUUUGAAUCCGAUGGAUUGAAAUAACAGUGCAUAUAAUCGUGAAUGAAAUCUGGAGAUUUACCUUGCUAAGUAACCAAGAAGAAUUAAUGAUUACCGUUUUCAGCACCGGGAUCAUUUGGAUUCCGCAGCGAUAUAUCGGCGCAUCGGGAUCUCGAUCACUUUCAAAGAUUACCAACAAUAACCUUUAAAGGGAGAAGAUGCCGUUCCACCAUGUGACGGCAGGACUGCUGUACAAGGGGAACUUCUUGAGUCGCUCUCUAUCUGAACACAGUAACAGCGAGCAGCUUGCAAACAUCUCUGUGGAGGAACUAGAUGAGAUCCGGGAGGCGUUCAGGGUCCUGGAUCGGGAUGGAAAUGGGUUCAUCUCCAAGCAAGAGCUUGGCAUGGCCAUGCGCUCACUAGGGUACAUGCCCAGUGAAGUGGAGCUGGCAAUCAUCAUGCAGAGAUUGGACAUGGAUGGUGACGGACAAGUGGACUUUGAUGAGUUCAUGACGAUACUCGGACCAAAGCUCCUCUCCUCUGAAACACGGGAAGGUUUCCUUGGAAACACAAUAGACAGCAUAUUUUGGCAGUUUGACAUGCAGCGGAUAACACUGGAGGAGCUCAAGCACAUCCUUUUUCAUGCCUUCCGAGACCACCUGACGAUGAAGGACAUCGAGAACAUCAUCAUCAAUGAGGAGGAGAGCUUGAACGAGAACUCGGGGAACUGUCAAACAGAGUUUGAGGGAGUUCAUCCCAAAAAGAAGAACCGGCAGACGUGCGUGCGCAAGAGCCUGAUCUGUGCUUUCGCCAUGGCCUUCAUCAUCAGCGUCAUGCUCAUCGCAGCCAAUCAGAUGCUGCGCAACGGCAUGGAGUAGCGACACCACUGUGAGCGGGGCGGAGCCUGCAUGUGCAUGUCUGUCGAUGAAGUCAUUUCCUAAAACUAUUAAAUAAAAAGAGUAACGAAACCAAACACCUCACUACUGAGAAGAGGAGCUUUUUAUCAUUUUUUUAUUCUCCUGUUAUUUUUCCACGAGGACAAACUGACACAGGAAGUUACGCCAGCAUGUUCACGGGGUCUCAUCUUUCUGGCAGGGAUUUAAAAGGGCUGACUUUAUGCUUUUUGUGACACCUUUGUUCCCUAAUGCAAUAACACGCAGGAGUUCACAAGCACCUCACCUGCGUUGCCGUCUCCUCUGUGGCUGGAGAUUUCAGCUGGGAUUCGCGGCUGUGCUCCGGCCUGCCGUCGAUGUAGAAAAGCAAAAGUAAUUGGCAACUCAUUACACCUUCGAGAAGGGAAGUUGCAGCAUUCACUCUGGAGAUUAUUUUCGUCUGCACUCGCCCGUGUACAUUACGGGCUCUGGGGAUUGUGGGAGGCUGGGGAGACACAGUGCUCUAUGUAGUCCAUAAUUGAAUCCGUAAUCGUCUACUCCAAAAGUCUACGCGACACAGAUUUGAAUCAUUUUAAAUGUCUUUUGCUGUUUGAUUGUGCGAGGAGAACUCUCAAAUGCCAUCUUAUCCCGUCU